GCCUAUCUCUAGUCGCGCCAUUCGUUAAAUAUACCCAAACCUGCUGUGAUCAGCUGACGUAUGCUAUUUCCUACUGAUAUACCCAUUCCAAUCAUUAUUAGACCGCAGGGCUUCCGACGUUGGCAUUCCGGACAUACAUUGAAAGUCUGACGAAGAAUGACGUUGGAUCUUCACUCCCCUCAACAAUCGGUCAGCGAGCGCAGAGGCCAACGAUUGGCCCCCUUGCAAACCAACUUCAGCCGUCCAACCGCACGCCCGGUGCAGGUUCCAUCCGCGAGACCACAGCGUCCACGGCCCUCGGACUACCAGGACGAUGCGGAGGCAGGCGAACGAGUCCCAUUGCAGCCAGCGCCAGUGAAGCGCCAGACAUCCAAGUCCAGCCUGCGGAACAUCUUCGGGCGCGAAAAGUCUUCCCGUAAGCAAGCCGCCGACACUAAGCUAUCGGGUAUCGAGGAGGUACAGCAGCAAGGCACACAAGCUGCAUCCGAAUCAGCACCAGCGGCUCAAUCCCCGACUGCCACUGCUACACCUAAGACUACCGUAUCCACGGCUACACUCCCCACAUCCCCGACCACGACAGGAUCGCAAAAGUCCAGGCUCCCCUCAAGAUCUCGCACGAAAACUAGCGACGAGAAGCCUGCCGCAGGCGAGAUAGGAUGGAAACCUCCACCGCUUUUCCAGGCAUAUCCGCAAGCAAUCAAACAUGACUGUCUUCCCGUUCCAGCUAUGUCGGUAGACUCCAUAAUGCGCAUGCAUGCCACCUCGAAGGCCAAGGCUGGCUCUCGUGACGAAGAGACCCUCAAUGGAGAAUCUACGGAGGAUGGGGGCGCCCGGAAGAAAAAGGAAGACAAGGAGAGGAAGAGACACAUGCGCACCCUAUCCGAGACCAUGAGCAAAGCGGAGUGGACCCAAAAGGUUUACGUGCUAGCCACCGCCGGUUAUAUCUUGCAAUAUGCCGGCUCGGGAAAAUACGACCGACUACCAGAGAAAAUGUUGCAGCUUGGUCCUCGAACUGUGGCUUUUGCUAGCGAUGCCAUUCCUGGGAAACACUGGGUGCUGCAAGUAUCCCAGACUGACGAAGAUGGUGCGGAUUCGACCAAGCCUCACCGGUUCCGUUUUGGAUUCAGUAGAUCCCAUUCCAGACGCUUAGACCGGUGCUUUCUUCUCGUUUUUGAUCAUCCGGAGGAUAUGAGCUCUUGGCUCUUGGCCGUUCGGGCCCAGAUAGAAGCUCGGGGCGGCAAGAAGUAUGUCUCGGAGAAGACAGCUGACGACGGCUCAGAGCCGCAGCUCCAGACCAAACCUAGUGUUCGCCAAUUGGUGACCAAAGAUCCCAACCGGUUUUCUACGAUGCUUCUAUCUCAGCAGUCUACAUCUGGAGAAGAAAGGGACACAGGUGUCAGUGACCAUUCUCGUCGGAGCUCCUACAUUUCCGUCAACCGCCGGUCAGUGGUCAUACCACCGGCGUCUGAAUCUCGCUCCGGAUCAGUAUCCACCACACAUACAGAGAUCUCGCCCGUAAGCGCAACCGGGCGAUUCUACUCAUCUAUCGCCGGUGCCAGUUUCCCCAAGCCGGCACCAAAUGGUAGCGUAGCAGCAGCUUCACUGGAUGGGCCAGCAAGCCCAACCUUCUCGAGCUCAACGAAGCGGCGAUCACUGCAUGUGUCAUCACCGACGACAACAAAGACGAACGCUGAAUUAGCUGCUGAAAUCCCACGGGCACAGUCGACACAGCCAGAUCCUGUGCUUCGCAGCACCUCGCCGCUGGCCCCGAACUUUAGCGUGCCCUCUUUCAGCAAAAGGUUCACCGCCAGGUUCGGUCCACUUCAGGUCCCGCAGGUGUCACAGAUUCCCCCAGCCCUAGAGGACAUAGACGGGAAAAGCACUACUGCUGCUCUUUCGGCGUUUCCUUCUCCGCCCCAGUCUCCGGGCAAGAUUAUGAACGGGUUCCCGCAGGAGGAUCUCAACGAGCAGCAAGAGCAACAGCAACAAGAGCAGCCGCAGCAGCAAUGGCCGCUUCAUGCAGGGCAAGCCAAGAGACCGCCACUACGCGUUUCCAGCUCUCAGGACUCACUCGCAGAUCCGCAGCGUGUGGCGGAUCCCAGAAGCCAUCGACUCUCUCGCAUGCCGGGAGGCAUAAUGCCUAGUACCGCCCAAGUCCCACGGCCAACAACUGCUGUCAGCGGAGGGCCGACUCAUGGCUCACAUCUGGGCCCAGACAUGGGCAAUGCGCGUCGCGAUCAGCAACGGACCCGGGGUUCUGUUAUGUAUCAACCCGAUCCAAACGUCCGUUUGCCGCCAGUGGCCAUGGGCCGUCGAAAGAGCAUGCCGGGCCUCAUCGGACCGCCCGCGGCGCCUCCUCCCAAUUGUCCAUUGCCUAAAAUUCCUUCUCCUAUCGACCCACAAGCACCUAACUGGGGCGAGUUACCCCCAGAGCUACGGCAAUGCGUCUCACCUCCUCCGCUACAAACUAUUCGGGAACAACGGAAGAGCUUCGCGCCGGCGCCAGGCGGUCGCAGCAUUCAAGGACGAAGCGUCUCCCGGCAGUCCAAGCUGCCUCCGAUAUAAUCGACUCCUAAUCACUCCUUAUACACCCAUCUGUUCGCAUGAUGAAUCUCAUGUUUCAAACGAGUUCAUCCUACCCUUUUUGACCAUUAUGCUUCCACGUCGCCACGGCACGACUCCUUUCCGUCGACUUUGACAGUCGACGAGGUCGAUCACAGUAUCAUUCCAUAGCGAUCCAGCGUUUCCACCUUUUCAUUUUACAUCUGAUACCAUUACUGAUCUGUAUUUAUGCCCCUGUGGGAUUGUCUUACCUAGCUGGCUAUUUCCUUCCCGGGUGGUUCGAAAACGAUAGAUGUUGCUAUUUCGUUUCUUGUUUCCUUCUGAUUUGUAUUUACUCUACUACUUAAAUAUUGCUAAGACCACAUAGAACUAAUA